UGCGCAUGCGCCAUAUGAUUUUACUUGUGCGCGUUGAAAAAUUGCGGGUAACUGCACUGCCGUGACAUGCGCUGGUUCGCUUUCGGCUUUAACGCUUUUGGACAGCUACUUGGUCACGAAAGUGUCCUAAAUAACAGCGACAUUGUCGACGUAGUCAAAGUGGUUAAUCCAACAGAGCUGAAAUGUCAUGUAAACGGAAGCUGCUGCAGACAAACAAGUGGAGUCCGAGCAAGCUGGAGUAGACGAGCGUCCCUUCACUCGAAUGAUGGCGGAAGCUUGUGCCUUGCCGGUUUCAACGAUUCGAAUGAGACUUUAUUGGUGGAGAGCCGCGGCUGCAAGGACGCAGCCAUCGGGGAGUCUUACUUGAUCCUCGCUUUUGCUGACAGGGUUGAGUCGUGGGACUUGAACAACAACCAGAAGACGCCAUCAUGGAGCAUGGACGUAAAAACUGGAAAGCCCCUGAAUCUACCAUUGAUCCCAGGUGGUUACAUUGACACCAGUCCUCCUUUCUACCACCCCUUAUCACCACACCUGAACGCCACCAGGCUGGCACUGGGUGCGGGCCACUGCAUCCUCCUUAGCGCCGCUGGAGCCGUGUACACGUGGGGCCUGGGCAGUCAUGGUCAGCUUGGUCAUGGGGGCCUGUCAUCUGAAGAAGAGCCCAGGGUCGUGGAGGCCCUGUGGGGUAUGAGUAUGACCCGUGUGGCUACAGGCGGCUGGCACAGUGUCUGUAUCAGCGAUGGGGGUGACUUGUAUGUGUGGGGCUGGAAUGAGAGCGGCCAGCUUGGACUUCCCUCCCAAGCUGUGAGGAGCACAGAGCGGUGUCAAAAUAGUCAACAAGUAGCAGGUGUGUCUUCAUGUAAAGCACCACCGGAUGAAGAGAAGAAGGAAGAAGUCUUUAUAUCCAUCCAGGCUUUUCCAGCCCUUUUGGACAUUACUGCAUCGUGUGAGGUGAAGUCGGCUGACUGUGGCUCCCGGCACACGGCAGCAGUAACAUCCACUGGUGACCUCUACACAUGGGGAUGGGGUGAAUAUGGGCAGCUGGGGUACGAGACGUCUUGUUCAGAUGAGCCGCGGCGUGUGGAGUACUUCCGGAAACAACAGAUGCGCGUUGUCGAUGUGACGUGCGGAGCUUGGAACACUUUUGCUGCCAUCGUCAAGGAGGAAGCAUCUGCCUCUUACAGUUAAUAAACAUGGACUUUGCUCUGUGUGCUUGAUUUUACAAUUUAGGACUUAAAUCAAGUAUUUUGUAAUAUACUCUGUAAAAAAAAGGUGUAAAAAAUGAUGUAUUUCAGCUUUUUGUGGAAAUAUAAAGGAUUUAAUAAAAGAAUUA